GCUGAACCUAUGUAACAUCAAGUGGUUGAAAUAGUCAGUAGCACUAGCUAGUUCUGCUUUAAAACAGACAAACAUAGCGUAUCUUUUCCUCUGUCAAACAGGUGUUUGGCUCCGAACUGACAGAUUACAACAAAUGUGCGUUGAGAAGCGACAGAUUACAACAAAUGUGCGUUGACAAGCUAUGUUUUAAACAUUUAUGUUUCGCAUCUGUAACGCUAACUUUCAAAAGAAAAGCAAAAAUUCAUGUGAGUGUUCUCUUGGGGAAAAUAAGGACUGCCCAGAGAGUCAAACACUGAGGCUGAACCAACAUCAGGGUGUGGAGGAGUGCACCAGUGCCAAGAUUGCACACUGUAAUCGAAGGAAAUGAAUACAGGUGUUACAAACCCAACAUAGAAAAGUGGUUCAUGCUACGUGUGAACAUACGACAAGUGAAAAUGAUGAAACAGCCACACAGCGCCUCAAUCCCAUCACCACAACCAAAACUUGUGUGUAAAGGUGAAUGUAACAUCACAGCAUGUUCUGAUCCUAAGUCAGCUGAAUGUAUUGUGGUUCCCAUCAGUGUUAAACCAGAGCCAGAUUUAGAUCCAUAUUUUCUCUCACUUGAGUUGCCCUCGAGAGAAUCUGAAAUAAAUCGAGAUGAUCAGAAGAUGAAAAUUGAUCUUUUGAACCUCAAAUCAGAGAUUAAGUCUGAACUGUCCACUGAUGAACAUAUUUAUUUUGAUGUUGCUGAGAGGAUUGUGGAUCCGUUCAAAGACUGUUUGCUCAAACCUGAGAAUGAGCAAGUAAACAACCAUGAAAUUCCAGAACACUCAGAAGAAAGUCUGGGUACAUUGUCAGAAGAAAGUAUGCUGUAUCCAACACCACAAGCAAAAGAUCACCACAACAAUUCUGAGGUGUUGGUGCUUAAUGAGCCUGAAGGAUUAAAUCAGGAAGGCCGCAUUUGCCAUCUUCUGAGGUAUAGAAGCCAAGUGCAAAAGAAACAUGUGAAACAACAACACCACAGUGUGAAAGAAACUUGUAAAGGCAGAAAACGUAAAACCUGUGAAGCAAAGACCAAACUAAAAAACUCGACAACGCAGGCCUGCUCGCUUUGUGGUAACAUCUUCGCCAACUCCAACAGUUUGAAGGUUCACAUGCGGAUACACACCGGGGAGAAGCCGUACGCCUGCCCCACCUGUGGGAAAGCAUUUGCACACUCCCACUGGCUAAAAGACCACACACGGAUCCACACAGGUCAAAAAAAGCCGGCUAAAAUGCAGACAUUCCUCUGCAGCAAGUGUGACAAGACCUUUUCCAGGGCCGAUGGCCUUCGAAUCCACAUGCGCCGGCACUCACAGGAAAAGCCGUAUGCUUGCUCCAUGUGUGAGAAACGCUUCGUCGAUAUCAAUGACAUGUACAAGCACAUUAAGCUCCACUCUAACAUCAAGCCUUUUGUUUGUACGGAGUGUGGAAACAGCUUCCACCGUCAGUACACACUAGAGAAACACCAGCGUAUCCACACAGGCGAGCGGCCAUACAACUGUCCAGAGUGUGGGAAAGCCUUACGGUAUAAAUACUCUUUAACCAUGCACAUGAAGACCCAUAGAAAAUGAUUAACUAUACACUAGGAUGGAAGAAGAAUGGACAGGAAGAUAAGAUUUUUUUGUUAAUCAUGUUUUUAUUUCUACACAUCUGGACUACUGUCAUGCACUGUUUACUUGGUUAAAUCAGCCUUGCUUUGCUCAACUUCAGGUGGUGGAGAAUUCAGCAGCCAGGCUUUUAACAAGAACUCACAGGUCUAAGCACAUGUAUCCAAUUUUAGUGUCUGUCCACAAGCUUCUGGUAUGUUUUUGCAUGAAUUUCAAGGUUUGGGGGAUUAUGUAUAAAGCACUCAAUGGCGUGGCAUCAAAUUAUAUAUCAGAGCUUCUACACCCCUAUACUCCUGUGAGAUCACUCAUCAGGGUCCGCAGGCUGUUCCAGAGUUCAGACUAAAAACCAAAAACUAAGGGUGAAUUUCUCCUUUGCCAUUUUGGACCCUAAAAUCUAGAACGGCUUUCCCUGUGUCAGAUCGGCUUAAACCUCAUUUCUUGAUUCCUGAGUUACUGGUGUUUUAUUGGUCAUGGGGGUACUUUAAGGGUAUUAUUUUGUUAAUGAAUUCUAAUGAAAUAAAGAUUUGUACUUGGGUAUC